GAUUCCUCAGCAAUGCGUUCGUUCAUUUCAGUCGCUGCCGCCGCGGUGGUCGCUUUUUCUUUCGCCAACGCGGCGCCCAAUCCCCAGAAGCUGGAGGACAGCUACUAUAGGCCAGAGCAGGUCAUCGACACUGAUGUCAUAAUCAUCGGAGCAGGUGGCGCGGGAUGUUACUCUGCCAUCCAACUAAGGGAUGCUGGAAAGCGGGUUGUGGUCAUUGAAUCCAAAGACCGUGCCGGAGGGCACACGGAGACCUUCCUGGAUCCUGAGACCAAACUUCCCAUUGAUAUCGGUGUGAAGCUGUACCAUGAUGAGCCCUUGGUGCAUGAGUGGUUCGCCCGCUUCGGCCUCACCACCACCAACAUCAGCAUUCCUACUGCCAACGCCCAGAACAUUGACUUCAGGACUGGCCGCGUCCUACAGGGUCUGCCUGCUGCCAACCAAGCAGCCAUCGGCGCUGCCAUUCAACGGUACGCCGCUGUCAUCUCACAGUGGCCUCAACUGGACGCCGGCUUCUACCUCCCUGACCCUGUUCCUGAAGACCUGUUGCUUCCUUUUGGCCAGUUUGCUCAAAAGUACAACAUCACUGAUGCUGUACAAACCAUUUACACUCUUACCUCUGCGUUUGGUGAUGUUGCUGAGAUCCCCACUCUGCAGGUCAUCCGUACCUUCUCCCUGAGCCUUAUCAAGACUAUGCAGAACUUCCAGACCAGCUCGGUCAUGAACAACAGCCUCCUAUUCCAGAGACUCACUGCCGAACUCCUGGCUUCGAAUUCUCUCCUCCUGUCCUCCAGGGUAGUCAAGACGGCACGUGUCAGCAAGAUAGACGGCCGCGUCAGGGUUCUCGUCCAGACUCCCGAAGGCACCCGUCUCGUCAUAGCCAAGAAGAUCCUCAUCACCGCUCCCCCCACUCUCGACAACCUCGCCCCCCUCGACACCAGCGGCGAUGAACUCAAACUCUUCACCCAAUUCACCUCCAUCAACUACUUCACCACUAUUGUCAAAAACGCCUUCCCAGGCAACGCCAGUGUCCGAAACCUCGCCCUCGACCGCCCCUUUGCCAUCCCCCCCAUGCCCGCCAUCAUCAAUAUCCAACCCACCGUAAACCCUGCCUACAACCAAAUCUUCUACGGCACAAAAUUCGGCCAGGAUAUCACCCUAGAUCAGGCCAAAGCCGCCAUCCUCGCGGACCUCAACCGCUACCGCGCUGUCAAUGGCAUCACCGGGCCUGCGCCUGAAUUCAUGGUUGCGUCGGGACACAACCCGUACAACCUCAUGGUCGGAGCAGAGGCCACUCGCAACGGCUUCUACAAGAAACUGUACGGGCUCCAGGGCAAGCGCAACACCUUUUGGGCGAGUGCUACGUUUAGGGCUCAUGAUAGCUCUGCUACUUGGGCGUAUAUUAGCCAGAGUGUUUUGCCUGCUCUUCUUGCCUACUUGUAAAUGAGACCAAGUGAGUGGGUGGGUAGCUGAUGAAUCGGUUGAGUGAGUUGGA